GAGGAUGUGAGUUUUUCCUCAGAACUGAUGGACGGUCAGGUUCACACUUAGAAAGUGAAGAAUUUGAAAUCAAAACUAGUGGAGGUUUCCAAAAAGCUGUUCCAGUGCAGCAAAUGAGUUCCUGUUCAGAGCUGCACAGCAGUGUUUGUGACAGAGGGAACAUUCCUCUGCUUCAGAAGGGGCGGGGUCACGGAUUCCUGACAGCCCCCCCAUGGGGUCCAUCUCUCAGUGACCAGAAGGCUCCAGGAGAACGCCAACAGGCUGAAGUGGAGCUCAAGCAAAGACCAGACUCAGGCUCCUGGAAGCAGGGCGGAGAAAUCCUUUUCAAUGCAAAAUGAGCCCAGGAGGAUUCUGGGAAUCUUUGGGACUGAGGGCUCUCCUUCUCCUGGCCUGCUCCGUGAGCGGCUUGGUGCUGAUGGAACAACACAGAGACGCAGAGGAGGACCAAGAGGUGAACAAGGCCAUUCUGGAAAUGCUGCACAUCAAUCAGGUUUCAGCCAGCAGGCCAGCUAAAGUUCAUCCAUACAUGAGGAGGAUCCAUCAGCGUCUGAACUCACUGGAAGCUCCAGACUUUGAAAGGCCAGAAGGGAUCCUGAUGCAGAGUUUUCACAGUUCUGAUGGUUCAGGUCAAGCUCCUCAGGGAUGGAUCUGGUUUAACGUCAGCAGCCUGGACCCCCUCAUGCUGGGAGCAGAACUGGUUCUCUCCAGGAAAACCCUCCAUCCUGCUCCUCUCAGCUUGACGGUCGCCCUCCACAGCACCGUUGGUCCACAGGAACAUGUGAAGGAAGGCCCUGCCUUGGAGGAAAGACAGCUGGUCCUGGACCAGAGACCCUCCUCUGGGUAUGAUGUGUUUGACGUGUCUGCUGUCCUGGCUGGGAAGCCCCUGGAGCUGGUGGGUUUCCAGCUCCGCUACACUGAUGAGAGUGGGAGUCUGGUCCUCCACGAGGCUCUGACACGGCGUCUGUACCAUCUGGAUGGAAGCUCCCUUAGAGAACCCUUACUGGUCUGCUACCAGACUCACCCUUUCCACUUUUGACUGACAUUGAAGCUCUUUUCUUCUCCAAUCAUGUUUCUGCUUUUUAAAGGAUUUCACUUAAAGGUUAGAUGUUGUGUAGUGAUUUACAGCUACAGCUUUUUUAUGAGUGAAAAUGUCUUUUUAUUUUUCAAGACUUUAACAAAAGUAGAAAAGCUCAUUCAUUUCUGUAUCUCUAAAAUAUAUUUUUCUUUACCUAAAAGUAUAAAACAGCAUUACCUGUGUAUGUAUAGAUAGUUCACUUAGACUCACCAGCUACUUUAUCAGAUCCACCUUGUUGGUACGGAGUUGGACCCCUUCUGCCUUCAGAACCGCCUUAAUCCUUGGUAUCAUAGGUUCACCAAGGUUCUGGAAACAUUCCUCAGACUUU